GGAAUUUUUAAUUACGUCCGCGCGGGAAAAUCCAAUAUGGCCGCGAAUUUGCCUUCCACAACCAUCCUUACAAGGUCACAGUCAAGAAAGCGAAAAACUGAUUUUGGUCAGAUUGAAAACAAAGAAGAAAAUGACUCGGGUUUUCGGUUCUCAAGACAAAGUAAAAGAUUGAGACAAAAAGAUAAAAAAUCUUCAGACAAUAAAGAUAAUGCAAAAGAAGUGAAAAGAAGGAGGUCAAGUUUUAUACGGGGAAGAAAAAUUCAUUCACCUUUAGAAAUUUGUCAGCCUAAAAGAGUAGCAGCUGUUCAGGACUUGUAUAAGGAAAUUCCGACUGAUUUGAGUCCAGAUGGAACACUGCUCCAGUUAUUUGAUAAAAGUUUGUUGCACAUGUGUGAAAAUGCUAAAGAUGAAAAGUACAUCAACAUUCCUAAUUUUGCUGAAAAAGUCAAGCAAAUUGUUUUGCAUCUUCAAACCACAUUAAAGAAUUCUGAUGUUUGGAAAUGUGCUGCUGAACAGAAAUGUGAAGUCAUUGAGAGAGUGAUUGUGCCGAAUCCAAAGGCCCAACAGCUUGAAGAGUAUGCGAAGAAAAGUCAAGAAACCACAGAGAGAAUGUCUAAAGAGGAGAAGGGCUGGGAGGAAAUUCUUGAAAAAUAUCAAAACGAGGUUCCAUCAACAGAAAGAGAGCUGAUCGAGUCGUAUGGUCAAAUCAGCAAGGAUUGUUUAUCUGCCGAACAAAAUGUAUUUCUGGAGAGUAUACAGCCUGAUAAAGACAUGUUUGAUAACCUGGACAGAUUAAAGAAUGAAUCGAUCCUUAUGAUUGACAAAAUUGCCACGACCGCGUUAACAGUUAAAGCAAUAAACGAUGCUGCAAAACAAUACCUGGAGGAUGUUAAAGAAUCACCAUCUUCUAUGAGUACGUGCGAAACCGAAACGCCACGCCGUCUUAUUCACGCGAUCACAAAGUAAUCACCGAGGAAGAUCUGGGUAGAUAAUGCCUACCGGUAAGAACUAAAUUAUUUGUAAUACAUAUUGUAUAGAAUCAUACUAUGAUAUAAUGUAUUUAUGUAUUUUAUGAGAAUGUAUCAUGUAUAGAAAACACUAGCUACCAUUUUCUGAAAAUAUUGCUCGGUAUAGAUUCCUAGUAAAAACGCUUUUACACGGCGAAAAUGAACCAGUCAUAUCAAUGACUAGAUCAGUAUAAGAGUAUCUUAGUAUUUUAUUAACUAGAAUAUCCAAUAGGGUCGUUUGAUUUUUU